GCAAUAUUAUCCUUUCUCGACCGUUCCGGUAUCUUAUUACUUCCGCCCUUUCUGAUCAAGAAUAUGUAUCUCAUACCAUGGUCGCUCUGACAUGGACCAAAGCCAGAUCCAUCCUGAAAGAGCUUCUUGUGGAAUAUCUAGAUGGCCCCUUCCCCAGGGUUAUUUCAAAUGCCUCGAUAACCCAUGAGAACGAUCCCAACAGGAGAUGGUAUGUGAAAUGGAGGGAUUUCUGGCUCAAAAACGACAUGGAUUUGUAUGGAGGAUCCUUGAUACUCUCUCUUGGACUGUUGGUGUUGGCUUGCAUGGCCUGGGUAUCAUCCGAAGACGAAGAACGCACUUUCUUUAAUGCUGCUGCCGAAAGUCGUGUAUACCUGUCGCAGCUGUUUGCUGCCAUUCUCCUGGCGGCUACCUCCGCCCUGAGUAUUUGGAUGGUUCGUCGGCGUCGAUUCGCGUGUACAAGCGAUGUAGACAGUGUCAAACGGCGUGAAAUCAAGAGAUUCCUUAAGAACAUGGAACGGCAUGAGGACAAGAAGGAAGACAGCGAAAACGGUUCGUUGAGGUCGAACGUGAUGUCUUCCACAAUCAAGCUGGAAGGAAUCAAGCUGCCUGGAACUUCUUUGACCGAUGUUUAUCCUGUCUAUCGGCUAGCAAAAGAGGGUGGUCAGGGAUCUUGGAGUCGACUACCGACGCUCUUGCUAGUCAAGGGCGACUAUGUGGCCUUACAAGUUGGAGAUAUAGCGCCCUCCAAGUGUUCCCUGGUUCAUGACAACGAAUCCCCUGGUGGGGCUCCACAACAAUCCAUAGAAGAGGGAAAACGAAUCACGUUGGAAUCCUUUGCCCGGAGCACACCCAACACAUCAUUUCCAAAAGGCCGAACGACGUUGCCUGAUGGAUCAGGGAAGCUGAUGGAACUGUGCAAUAGUUUGCGCAUCUUUGUGCUCUUAGAGAGUCCGCUGGAUACUUUUCUUCGGCUCCCCCUUGUGGAACACAAACUACCCUUGGUACUAAGGCAGCUUCAGGCCAUCCGUGCAUCUCUCUCGGUUCUGGCAUUACUACUUUUUAUGGCAACAAUACUCAUCAUCUUUGUGAGGCCGGAUAUCACCACCAUGGAUAUAUCUUUUAUCGUGCCCAUACCCUUCCUUGCUGCACUCGGGGUACUGCCGGUGGGCGCCCCUGCCUUUUUGAUUUUCCUAGAAAUCCUGGGUUCGGCUCGUAUUCUGGUCGCGGUGCACCCCCAUUCAAGCUUUUAUCAUUCUCCCUCGUCUCCCUUUUCGCGCCCCGAGUCGGAACGAUUCGGAAUGACGAGCUUUGACACGACAACAACGACUGCCAAAAACAAGGAUAGGUUCCCAUUGCUUGCUCGCUAUGUCCUUGCAACUGCAUUGUCACGCCUCUCGUUGAAGGAGGUUGCACGGAGUAUUCGGCUCUGCUUUCGGUCCACGACAAACCGAGCAGGAAACCGCCAAUCCACCACCGGAGAUGGCAAGGGGCCCAAAAUCAUUAGAGUCCCACCCGCAUCCGUGUACUUGCUGGAAAAGUUGGGUGUAGCUACGGCCUUCACCAUGGUGGACGAUGAGCUAGCAUGCGAGCCCAGUUCGCUCCCCCAACAGCUAUUGAUUCCAUCUGGCAAAGGGCUCAAGCUAUUGGACAUGUGCCCGAUAUAUGAAGAUGGGGAGGAGAGCGGGGAUGAAAGCACGGUGGAUGCCUCCUCGUCUAGAAAGAGGAACAAAGAUAUGAAUGAUCAUGAUUCAGACACAGAUUCUGAUAAUAUGCAAGAUAUGCAUGCUGAGGACUCCAGUCGACAACGCAAGAAGAAAAACCUAUUUCGUCUGCGUCGCAAACCAAAACGAACUCCUUCUGAGUCUCGCGGAAAUGGCGACGAAACAGAGCAUAUGCUUCCUGUUGAUCAAGAAGUUCAAUUUGAGGAUCCUAAUUGGUGGCAGCAUUUGCCGGCAUUGAAAUGUAUUGGCCUUGCAUGUCUCAAGAUUGGAGAAAUUGACGACAAGGUUCAUGGCCAAACUUUUGCUGUUUACGAUGAUGCAGUAUCAGCAAAGAAGAGUCAUCCAGAAGAUUUGCAGGAAGCACGGGAGUCCCUCGUGGAACUGAUUUGUGCCGAGCGUCGCAGUCAUCAACUGGUUUCUCUUGCCAAUUGCAUUGGAUUCUCGCAGAACCCAAACUCGUAUGGAAUUCACGGAGAUAUUAGUCCCUUCACAGAAUGCCUACGAUUGCACGUAAUAUCCAGCCAGCUCGUCAAGGAACGACUUGAGAUGGAUCCUCACGAAAGGGGGUCCGAGGAAGCGAGAUGGUGGGGACUCCUUCGCCCAGACUCCACUUCUGUGAUUGUUAGAGAUUCUAGGUCGAAUGCGUAUCAGCUUUUGACAGCCGGAGACCCCGAAGUUGUCACGACACUCUGCCAUGAAGCGUGGCAGGGUGAGAACUCAACAAUUCUCCCUCUUGCGUCUGCAGACAGGGCCACGAUUCUGGAAACAAGCAGAAGCUGGAAGCUUGCUGAUCUUGACGUGAGUGCAUUCAGUUACGCCCCCAUUCCAUACACCGUGGAGAACAGGCUAGGCCGUGACGGCCCAUCGACCUACCUACUUGACAAUACCAAUCGUCCAGCAAUCAAAGGCCCAAUAUCGCUGAAGGACAAGACACUCUCAGAAGAGUGGUCUCUAAUCAACAACCAAAUCUUUCUCGGGGUUCUUGGCUCGUUGGUGAUCCCUCGCAAGGAGAUUCAACAUCUGUUGUGCACCCUGAGUGACGCUGGGGUGAGGUUUGUUUAUUUUUCUCCCAGAAACAUGAGGAGACAAAAGGAACUCGCAUCUCAGAUGGGCAUUGACGUUGCGUGGAACUGCGCAAUAUCGUUGAGGCCGCUAGACGGCGAAGACGAUCCCCAUAGAAUGGUUUCAGAUUACGCCGAUUGGGAUGUCAAUGCAAAGCUCCCCCACGGACUUGACAAUGUUAGGAAGCACCUCGAAGAAGUGGAUAACGUGCCGCUACUCGUGAGCUUGUUCACCGAUGUCACCAAGGAAACAACCAAAGGAAUGGUUGAGACGUUCCAGGAAUAUCAUGAUACUGUCAUCGCUGUGGGCCUUUCUCACCUACCAAGAAACUGUGGAAUCUUUUCAACGGCUGACAUUUCUGUUGCAAUCGAUAUCUUCACCGAGAGCCUCGAGAGCUCUCCUCUUCCCAUCAACAUUUCCCUCCCAAGCGUCUACAACAAGGUGCUGCCAUCGGAGGUCUCCUUCGUCAGUGCUAUCUCGUCGCACUCGUGUGUGUUUCGGCUGCGUGGUGCCACAUCAUCGUCACACAUACCGAGUAUCAUUGCCCAAGGACGCGCUGCAUUAGAGGCAGCAGUCGCGGCUGUCCAUUUCUACAUUUCGGCUUGCUUAUCCUUUUCCUUCUUCAUGCUUUUCUCAGCUUGUGCGGUGUCAACGGCCCUGCCAUAUGUUCCAAGCAUGGGAGCCGUCUUUUAUAUCCUCGUCCUACUACCGUUGAUUGGAUUCACAGUGGGAUGGAGCGAUCCUGACAAGGACAUUAUGAAUCGAGUACCGCCAAAGAAUGACCAAUCGAUCACUUUCGGCAGGAAUGAGAGAGGACGACUUUUCACCUCCACAUUGCUAAAGUCAGUGCUUCCGGCCAUCUUGCCUCAGCUGCUGCACCUCAUUGCUCUGGGAGAAUUGAUGAUUGCGUUCGAACCUGAGUUUGUACGCACUCGUUGUUCUGGUGCCAUUGGCCCCGGGGACUGGGCAAAGCUUGUGCGCUGCGACGCAAUGAAAGAGUACUCCGGAGCAGCACGCAUGUCUGCCGGCUCCUUUGUCCUGGCUGAACUGAUCCUGUGCACAGUCGUAGUUUCUGCAACCUUUGUGCACGGAACAAUGCCAAUACAAGAGUUACCGCCCUGGAGAGGAAAUCGAUUAUGGGCGUACUCCGUCGUCCUUGGUUUAGGGCUGGUUGCAAUCAUCCUUGCGGCAUCCGUGGAGCGAGGCAGUUUUGCAGCUUUGCCGUGGUAUUUCUUUGUACUGGCUCUUGCCAUGCCUCCAAUGUGCGUUGCCUGGAACGAGUAUUUGAAACUGACUGACCGGAAGCAAGAAAUGCGCGCCGAGAAGCUUCGACGGCUUCAGUUUGAGACACGGCUUGGUAUGUGGAGCCCGAGGUAGACCUGGCGAGGCAACAGUGUUCGUUGCAGGCCACCCGGAAAUAGUUUUGACGGGAGCUGAACUCGAGGCUGCCGAACAAGCUUUCAUCGAUCGUCAAUUUGUGCUCGGAUUGACACGACGACGUCUUCCUUGACAACAAGUGGCUUGCAUUCGGAUGGUAGCCUGUCGUGCAAAGUGCCCGGACAUUUGUUGUAGCCCGUUUCGAGCGAGUUCCACCCCGACAACCUUCCUGGACCGUGCAAAAAAAGAAAGGUGGUUCAGUCUGCUAGCUAUUACAUUCCCGUCGAGAGUCACAGUAAGGCCUUUGAUCAACUCUGCGACAAUAAAGCGUAGAGGAGAGACCUGCAGAUUCAUUCUUCAGGCCAACUGGCACCUCUCUCCUCGGGUGUGGGAUGGGAUACCGGUACCGCACAGCAAACGCAAGCUCAUACGUUUUUGAAGAGUUGAGGUGUAAAGGUACCACCGAAGGCAACAUCCCAGGUCGAGCAACCCUAGCUAGCUAGAAUAUGCUUCCAGUGUUGCAAUGCUUCUAGUCUCUGGUACCUGGUAGCAUCUCUCAUAGCACAAAUCCAAAAGUUGGUACCCUUGUACCUGGCCCACCGGUACCGUACUGGCCUGUGGUGACCUUGCUCUUUAGAUUGAUCAUUCAAUCAGAACACUGAAACUACAGAAUUCAAAGCACCAGUUCGGUUCCGGAACCUGUUUUUUGGAAACGUCACUCAGUAUCUUUCGCAGUCCCUAACAGGAUUAGUUUGAGCCAAUCACAAGGUGGAAUGUGACACUCGGAAGAAAAAAUCUGAAACACAACCCAAUCAAGGGAUGGACGGCCGCAGUACGGUAGC